AUGGGGGAAAAGAAGACACUGGAAUGUUGUGAAGUGUCUGCUAUGAGCCCUGAACAGAAUCCAAGUCAAUAUCGACGGAAAGAGCUGAACGUCACAGCUGGGAGAAAAAGGCCAUCAGACUUCAAGAAGAGUGGGCCGGACUUUUUUCCCCUCACACUGGACAUCAACACGGCACACAGAGCCGUCCGUUUGUCUGAAGGGAACAAGAAGCUGAAACGUGAGGGGACAAAAGCCAAAUAUCCUGACCAUCCUGACAGAUUUGACAGCUGGCCUCAAGUUCUGUGCAGAGAGGCUCUGACUGGGACUCGCUGUUACUGGGAGGUGGAGUGCAGUGGAGACUUCAUGAGGAUUGGAGUCGCAUAUAAAGGACUGAGCAGGAAAGGAGGGGGUGUGGAGUGCGGCCUUGGAUACAACGACAAGUCCUGGAGUUUGCGGUGGUCUCAUUCCAAGUACUCUGUGUAUCACAAUAGCAUAGAGACUGAAAUCAGCGCCCCCUACAGCCCCAGAAUAGGUGUGUAUCUGGACUGGACUGUUGGCUCUCUGUCAUUUUAUAGUGUCUCACACACAAUGACCCUCCUGCACAGGUUCAACACCUCCUUCACUGAGCCCCUCUAUCCAGGGUUUUAUGUUAGUCAUAACUCCAGUGUAACAAUCAGCCAA